CCCCACCAACUCUUUGUUAUCCAUUAUCGAACCAUCAUGGCCAAGACAAAGUCCAAGAAACGCAAACAAGCGCAGGCUCAAGCUCAAUCCGACAAUCCUCGAAAGAUCGCAAAGACCACUUCCCCUUUAAUCCCGACGCCUCCUCCCGAUGGCACGACCACGCACUUCGAGCCUAAGAACCUCCAUACCGUUGUAUCCGAAGAAGAGCUCGAGAUCACCAUCGACACACUCAAUUCUCUCGCCCAGUACCCCGGCUUGAUCAAGUCAAAGCUGUGCAAGGACCUGAGAGUUGCUGUUUACGACUUCAGACAAGCUUGCACGACGGGCGUCAACAAUGCGGUCGGCGCGAAUCUCACAGCGCAGGUCACUGCUGCUCUUGCCGAUCGGAAAUACACCGAAGCUCGAAUCCUUCUCGCUGAGAUGAAGAUUCGUGGUGAACAGCCUAAGCUUGGUGCUCUGUGUCGAUGGGUUCGAGAUCUUGAUGUCAUCAGUGGCCUGUCGACGAUUCCCGACCAGCAAGGCCUUGUAAAGCGCUCUGAGAGGGAAGAGACACUCAUCAAGGUCAUUGAUGCGGUGCUUCGAGUCUGUGGCCACGAGGAUCGAAACCCCAACGCCACCAUCCAGCCUUCAUCAAUUGCCCUCCAAGAGAUCUGGGAUCUUCGCCCCGACGGUCCAACCGAGCAAGUCUACGCCUCGGUCCUCGAUGGAAGUCUCGUAGCUUCGGCACCCGAGUCCCUCAAGAAGAACAUUCGCAUCAUCGAGACAACACCUGGCGCUGAGCGUAAACCCCCGAACCAUCACGAUGCCAUACUUUACGCUUCAACACCCGAGGCUGUUCCUCUGUCGACAACACCCCCGCCUACAACACAUCGACCGCAUCCUGUCGUUCAGGGUCUCAGUGUCGCCACCAAUGUUCUAUACCCCGAAGAGUGCAAGGCUAUCAUUGCGGCGGGUGAAUACGUCAACUUUGUGCCCGAUGCGCCGCUUCGAGAAGACGGGGACAUCAGUAUUCUGGCGCACAACUUUUACUGGGUUGUUGACAAGACGUUCCACGACACGCUAUGGUCGCGCAUUCAACCAUUUGUGCCGGUGUCAAUGAAUGGGCGUCUAGCUCGUGGAAUCAACCGCCGCUUCCGAGUGUAUCGAUAUGUCCCAGGAGCAGAGUACCGAGCACACAUCGAUGGCGCGUGGCCCCCGAGCGGCAUCACGAAGGACGACAAAUACGUCUACGACGACUCGCCGGCCGAAAAGAAGCAGAGCUCGCUCUUUACCUUCUUGAUCUACCUUAACCAAGAUUUCGAGGGUGGCGAAACUACAUACUUCCUCCCGGCUGCACGGGAAGGAAUACUGAAUGCAUACCCAGUUCGUCCAGUCAUGGGCGGCGCGGCUAUUUUCCCUCAUGGCGAGAUCAACGCGACAUUGCAUGAAGGUACUGGCGUGCGAAAGGGAGCCAAAUACGUCAUCCGAACCGAGAUUGAGUACGAUGUCGAACCGACGGAAGAAGUCAAGAUCUGAAAGGAGCUGAAGAUCUCGGGUACAAACAAAUUGGAUACAUUAACGGCUGGACCGGGGAAAAGUAUUGUUACGCUAUUUACGUCUAAUGAACAUCAUUCAUCUACUCUGUCGCUGUAGUCUCACCCUCAGCUGGCUUGCGUCCCCAAACAAUACGUUGCAGGUAGUAAGCGUGCGCCGGCUUCUUGGACUUCAACUCCCUCCUCAGCUGGGUACAGUACAGAUGGACCUGUUCCUGCGUCCACCCCUCAAGAAGCGUAGCCAUGAACGAGAUGUGCCCCUCUACAUCGGAUAGAAUGCUCAUUGUCGUGAACCUUCCAAUCUCCUUGAGGUGCUCAUCCUGCGGCCAGUCGCCAACAGGAACCUUGAUCGUCUUGGACUGGAUGUCCACGAAGCCAGCGGCCUUGAGACCCUUCUCCUGCAGAUUAUCUGGUAGUGGGGUAAACACGCGACCGAGCUUCUUGCCGCCUUCGUGGAAGAACUUGCCCCAUUCUGCAAUUGCACUACCAGAUUUGAGACUGUCGUCGUCACUGCAGCCCAUGGGGUCACCUUCGUGGGAUUCGAUCCAGCCGCCGGGCUUGGUUACUUGGUAUGCGCGCUCGUACAAGGCAUACCAGUCGGGUACGCUUCCGUAGAGGAAACGGAGAUGGAUGAAGUCUGCGGAGUUGGGAGGGAAUGUCCAGUCGAGGGUGAAGUCUUCGAUCUCGAACUUAACGUUUGGGGGAACCCAGCUAGAGGUUGUUAGAUCGUGUGGAGGGAGUUGGAGCUGGGGACUUACGUUGGCUGGAUGGGGGAAAUGUCUGUGCCGAUGACCUCUGCCUCGGGGAACUCAUCGCCAAAGUCCAUGGCCCAAAUGCCAGUGCCGGUUCCAAUGUCGAGCACUUUGCUUGGCUCUUUGACGGGCGCCAGGAAGAGCUUGCCGUCCAUGAUCAACGUGGAGGUAUGGUGGAUGAUGUCCAAGGCCUCAGAGGCCUGGUUGUCGUUCGAUGCCCAGUACUGAGCAUCGCCUCGCUCAGCGUGGUACGUCCGCCCGUUGAUGGUUCGGUACUCGAGAAUGCUGGAGUUGAUACUCGCGGUAGAACUAGCAGCGUCGUCGCCUAUCGCAGAGUCCCCAUCUGAAUUAUCCGUAGCUUCAGUGUUCUGAUUGAGUCAAUUACCAAGUCCUCAUCCGUGUAGUGUUUAUGUAUCAUACCUCCCAGUGCGUCGGGGCAAGCAUGUCCUGUGAGACGACAUUCUCACCCUGCGUAACUUCUGGUGCAGCGCUCAUAUUGUAUUUAUUGACAAGAACAGAGUUGAAGAGGGGGAAGAGAAAAAUUGAAGCUGUUCACCCCUCUUUGCUUGGCUUGGCCCCAGCUUGCAUCGCAUGGAGCGUGCUACGGUAUCAUCAGUCUAUGGUUUCAAGGGUUCUGGGCGCUAGGGACCGGGGAGAAGCGGAUGCGGUCCACUUGGUGGAGGGUUUUGAGCGGGAAUGGGAAUUGGCCCGCGGGAGGUUUCAUGAGAAAGUGUUGGGGGAGGAUCAUGACCUGAUUUUGUUAGUCGCUAAAAUGCACACCUUGGCAUUGACUUGACAUUCACAUAAAUGUUAUUCAACAGUGCAAUCAACAACAGAAUUCUCAAUUCUCCAAUAAGAAGCCAACGUCAAUUCGGAAACAUAAACACAAACCAGUAUCUACUCACCAGACUCUAUCCCCAUGAAAGUGUGCGCCUCGUCCCCAGCUAACGCCCCAGCAGCCCUAAAGUACUGAGGUCAAUCCGAACCCGAAAGCACAUCUUCUUUCCUAGCCUCACUCCAUCGUCGACCGUGGUGAAUAAUGGACUGAUCAACGACAAGCUCCGGAACAACAUGACCAUAACGGUCAAACCAUUCAUCGCCUCCCACGUACCUCCAAGCAACGACAAACCCAUACUGAGAAGUAACAACUUUAUCAAAGUCAAUGUCCAACUUCUCGAGACGAGGCUCGAUUUCAGGCACCUCCUUUUUAAAGGCAUUGCCCCCAAACUCAUGAUCUUCUCGCAGCUGUUCGCGAGUCAUGGUGAGUACCUCCAGGUUAGGAACAUCGCCCCAAGAACCAGACUUCUUAGCAGAGGGGUCCACUGGAUGGGGGAACCACCAGUCUCCUGAACGGGCCAGGAGAAGACAGCUCAUCCCUGGCGGACACGGCAUCUUCAUUGAUACACAAUUGUCGUAUUCCUCCACGGUACCCGAUGCCACUUUGUCUGUGACUGGUAACUUGAGGUAUCUCUGAUACGCAUCGAGUUGUUGCUUUGCCCAGCGACUGCUGGGAUCAUCAAAGUUGACCGCCAGAUCUCUGAACCUCUGCCUCCUCCUCCUUGACAGACUGUUCUUCCUCGAUGCCUGGCUCUUUCUUGAUCCCUGGUUCUUCCUUGAUAGACUGAAGGUCAGCCGUAGGAUCAUCUUGAGCACGAGCCCUCAGCUCAUCGACAAUGAGGUCCUUGAAUGCCUGUCCUAGACUCAUGAAGAAGUCAUACGCGUCAAAUGGAACGAAGCACAGUUCAGUGAAAGGAAUAUCAAACUUGAGAUCCGCCAUCAUCUCCCUGCGCUUUUCUCUCGUCAUCUUAGGCUUUCUAUUCUCUGUUCGUUCAUCAAUCUUUUUGAGCUCCUCGUCAACACAAAACUUUAUCAAAACCUCGAUUUCGCUAACUCGCCAGUAGAACUGGAAUUCGUCAAGUCGAUCCCUGCUUUCUACAAUACAAUCAUAGGACAAGCUUUGCAGGUCUUCAGUGAUGGCACCGCAAUGAAUGCCAAGCUGUUCUAUCGUAAGAUUGUCCAAGUUGUUCGCAAUAUCGAUAAGGCGAAGUCUGAGGCUUUGUAGACGACCUCGCAUCGAUCGUUGCUUGACUUCUUUCCAGUCUGGAUACAUAAUGAUGAUUAGUAAUAGACCUAGUUAUAAUAUUUGUCGGAGAAAGGGACGAAAAGCUUGAUGUUGCGGUUGAAAUGUCAAUAGUGCGGUGAAACGACAUGGACGACAUCAGUACGCGCCAGUAUCGUAUUUAAAGGUCCGAGACUACUGAGUCGGCCGAGCUGUUGUUCGAGAGUUCACCUCUAUCGUCUUUGUGCCUAUUCAGAAUUAUUUAAAUUGAACGAUUCCUUAC